AUGACAAUAUCCAUUGAUGAUAAAGAAAUUCUAAGAAAGCCAGAUGGAACGCUGAAGACAGUUUAUUAUAGGAAUGAUGAUCCUUCCCAAAAAAACUUUGAUAAAUCAAAUCCAUGUGAUAUAGUUGUUGGAGAUGAUAAAAGUACAAGACGAGAUGAUCUUUCCAGCGAUUUUGAUGUGUGGGUGCAUGUUUACUAUGCUCCGAAAGAGUGUGGUGUAUUUAGUUGCCACAUGAACAUAAGACAUAUGUAUGAUUGCACUAUGAGAUAUCCCGUGUCUAUUGCAGAUUAUUCUUAUUAA